AUGUCUUAUGAAUGCAUGCAGGAGGCAAAGGGGGAUGGCAUGGUAGGGGUGGGGGUAUGGGCAUUAAAUCUUGUCGGUUGGCCGAAGGUGUUCGAGGUUGGAGGGUUCAUUGUCAACAUAGCUCCGAGGAAAAUGUGUUUCUGUAGCGAUGGCAGUGGCGAUUGCAAAGACCCAGCUAGAUGCAUCGGCAUCGGUCUUGCCAUCGCUUUUGCUGGCUUCAUUGGUUUCUCGGCCCUCCUUGUCUUGGUCCUUUACAUCAUGGGUAGACAAUAUGAUGUGAGUCUUGGCACCAUAUUCCGUCAAAUACGUGAUGGAUUCCGUGAUUCCAAGCCUAAACUCCAAUAA